GUACACGCCACCGACCGCCCAGCCAGCACCCGCCCAUCCACACCCCACUCAAAAGAAAAAACCUAGCUACCUACGCAGUAGCUAGGUAGCCAGGAACGGUCGAGCAUGUUGAGCCUCGCGGCCCUGCCCAGCCUACUACCGAACCUGAGCAACCUGAGCGCCGUUCUCCGCAGCACGUCACACCGCCCCCGCCACGACGGGCAGCACGCCAUCCCGGAAGACGACCUCCUCAACAGCAUCUGGAUCGGCCUGCUGGGGGUCGAGGCGCUCAUGGUGCUGGGCGUGGCGCUGCGCGGGCUGGUCGGCGCGGUGGCCGCGUCGCGGGUCGGCGCUGCUGCGCAGAGGCGGUGGAGGAGGGGUUUUUCGGUUGGGAUGGCCUCGUCCGAGAUGGAGAUGGGGAUUGGGCAUGGCGGUGGAGAUGGGGCCUGCGCCUGGGGAAGAGAGGAGGUUUCCCGGGGGUUGGUCGUAGGUGAGGUGUCCGGAUGAUGUUGACUGGUUGUUUGAUUGAUUGAUUGUAUUGGGGGUGAGAUGCGGUGUGGUGGCGUGUUCGGUCAAGGUUAUGCUUGGAUCAGAUGACCGAGAAGGGAGUAGGUGGGAGGGGAGUGGCAUGGUGCGUCUUGUUUCGGGCGACGACCGGGAUGCAUUCGCGUGUUGGCGUUUGGGACGGACAUCUGUUGUUGCAGGGCGAUGAGUGACGAGGUCGAUGUGGCACGACGUUAUGAGCAAAUAAUGAAGAGGCAUAAUGAAGACGCAUUGCUGUUGCGAUGGAAUGGGUUAACGAUCUCUCUUUUGCCUAGAGCAACAUGAUUCGAGGCUGGAACGCACCGCAGGAUUUGAUUGCAUGAAUUACUC